CAUAGGUACGUGGUGAGGUGACAGCUAUUGAACUAUGGCAUUCAAUAAGAUUUGGUAUACCGUAGCCCUUGGACUUCUGCUGCCUUUUUCUUACGCCCAUACGGACUUCUUCACUUCCAUUGGUCAUAUGACAGACUUAAUUAAUACAGAAAAAGAUCUGGUGGUGUCACUGAAAGAUUACAUCAAGGCAGAAGAAAGCAAGCUGGAGCAGAUCAAAAAAUGGGCAGAGAAAUUGGAUCAGCUGACAGAUACUGCUACGAAAGACCCAGAGGGGUUUUUGGGACAUCCUGUAAAUGCAUUCAAGUUGAUGAAACGGCUUAACACAGAGUGGGGUGAGCUGGAGAGCCUGGUUCUGAAGGACAUGUCAGAUGGCUUUAUCUCCAACAUGACUAUCCAGCGGCAGUUUUUCCCAAAUGAUGAAGAUCAGACUGGUGCAGCAAAAGCCCUCUUGCGGCUUCAAGACACGUAUAAUUUGGACACGGACACCCUCUCAAGAGGGAAUCUUCCAGGUGUGAAGCACAAAUCCUUUUUAACAGCUGAAGAUUGCUUUGAGCUGGGAAAGAUUGCCUACACUGAAGCCGACUACUACCACACCGAGCUCUGGAUGGAACAAGCUCUUAAACAGUUGGAUGAGGGAGAGGUGUCUUCUGCAGAUAAGGUCUACAUUCUGGACUACCUGAGUUAUGCUGUGUAUCAGCAGGGGGACCUGGGCAAAGCCAUGAUGCUCACCAAACGCCUUCUGGAGCUGGAUCCUGAACAUCAAAGAGCAAAUGGGAACAUGAAAUAUUUUGAAUAUAUCAUGGCUAAAGAAAAAGAAGCAAAUAAGUCCAGUACGGAUUCAGAAGACCAGAUGGAGAAGGAAACUGAGGUUAAGAAAAAGGAUUACCUGCCCGAGAGAAGGAAGUACGAAAUGCUGUGCCGUGGGGAGGGUCUCAAAAUGACUCCUCGGAGACAAAAAAGACUCUUCUGCCGCUACUACGACGGAAACAGGAAUCCUAGAUAUAUUCUGGGCCCUGUCAAACAGGAAGAUGAGUGGGACAAACCUCGAAUUGUUCGCUUCCUUGACAUCAUCUCCGAUGAAGAGAUCGAGACUGUGAAAGAACUAGCAAAGCCGAGGCUGAGGCGAGCCACCAUUUCAAACCCCAUAACAGGAGCCUUGGAGACGGCACAUUACAGAAUUAGCAAAAGUGCUUGGUUGUCCGGAUAUGAAAGCCCUGUGGUAUCUCGCAUUAACACAAGGAUACAGGACCUAACAGGACUUGAUGUCUCCACAGCAGAGGAACUGCAGGUAGCCAACUACGGAGUAGGAGGCCAGUAUGAGCCUCAUUUUGAUUUUGGAAGGAAAGAUGAGCCAGAUGCUUUUAAGGAAUUGGGAACAGGCAACAGAAUUGCUACUUGGUUGUUUUAUAUGAGCGAUGUGUCAGCAGGGGGAGCUACUGUCUUUCCUGAAGUAGGAGCUAGUGUUUGGCCUAAAAAGGGAACAGCUGUAUUCUGGUACAAUCUCUUUCCAAGCGGAGAAGGAGAUUACAGCACGCGACAUGCGGCCUGCCCAGUACUAGUUGGAAACAAAUGGGUAUCCAAUAAAUGGCUCCAUGAGCGAGGACAGGAAUUCCGAAGGCCGUGCACUUUAUCAGAGUUGGAAUGAUGCAGACUCGUCCAUUGCCUCCUCUGUACUCAGUUUGUGUAAAGUGUACACAUCUCCUACAGUUUACAAUUGACUAACACUCCACUACAGGUUCAGUCUUCAGCUACACCGGUGUUUCAUCUGUGGACAAAACAAACAUGCUUUUAGUUCCCCUAAAAUAGCCCCUUAAGGUUUUAUGAACAGACUAUAUUAAGGUCUAUGAGUGUUACAGAAAAAAAAAAAGGACAAAAUACAGAUCAGGGCCACAACUUACAGUGGUGUUGUGUGUGGUGUUCCCUUCACCAUCGCUCCUCUGAUCAGCAUGGAAGGCCAGUGAUUGUUCGCUUAGAGUCCUCCUCGCAACUGUCAGUCUGCUAAGGGCGGGAUGAUUUAAUGGGAGGGCUCCCUUCUAAGGAAGGCUGAAUUAAACCCGUUCGUAUUCCUCAAUUUCCAGACAUUCGACUCCUUGCUUUUCUAGAGUGCCUGACCACUACUGUUGAGAACUGUGGGCAUGGUUUGUGUUUCUCUGGGGAACAGGUUAUUACCAUGUUUUAGCCUGUUUUUUCACUUCCACAAAAGCCCCAAUUUUUAAACUGUCUACCUUCUCAGUCCCUCUGGGGAAUUUGGCUCUUAACCUUGAAAAUGUGAGCCAGCAGUUACAUACGCAUAGAUGAGAUGCUUCAGCAGUGUUGUGUCAAACACAUGCCUGCAUCAGAGCAGCCUGACAAUUACAGCCCAUCCUUCCCUCAAUUUUUUUCUUUAAUGUUUGUCCACAUAAACAAAUGCUGCUUUUAUCCUGUCUUAGUAGUCAACCCUUACAUCUGUUCCUUAGGCAGUGGGGACUGGAAUGUUACCGUCUUCGUUAAUCAAAAUAAUUGUGCCUUAGGACACUGGAAUUUCAAAUUGGUUAUGAGACUUCAGGUGGUGAGGUAAUACAUAGUCCUCACAGAAUGCUCUCCACCCUCAUCCUCCCAGUUCUCAAGGUUUUAUGAGAAAUAGAUGGCCUAUUUAUAACCCUAAAUCUUUUUUAGAUGCUUUUUAUUUUGCAAAUGUUUUUUCUGCUGCGGAUGUUGAAUGCAGGCAGCAGCAGUGACAUGCCUUUAGUCACGGGGCGACUGUUUGCACAGGAUGCCAGAGAAGGUGCCUGCUCUGGCUGGUUUGGCAUUGCUCACCUUGCGGAGGCUGCCUUCACUGCAGCAACGCACCUCGCGCUGCCUCCCCUCACUGUAGCUGUCGCUGGCACUCGUGAGCAAGGAAGCGCUGGGAAGGGGCCUCCUCCAGAGGCUCUGGUGCUGCUCACUUCACUGCUGCUCUUCCCACGAGCCAGGGCUGGAGCUGUUCUGAUUCAUGCCGCCCACACAGAAAAAGUGUCCCCAAAGUCAGCGGUGCCCGCACUGGAAGAACUUGCUUGCAGUGACUUUCAGGGGCCUUAGUUUGUGACGAGUCAUCCUUAAACUGAGAUGAAGUUGAAACCUCUGAGGGAGAUGAGACUGUGGCUGCUGUAGCUGUUGAACUUUUGUUCUGCUCAUCAGAUUCCUGCGGGAGGAAUAACUGCUGUCCCCUGGCACAGGAAGAGCUAAGCAGGGUGGGGAGAGGCUGCAGGGAGGUUCGCUUUCCUAAGCCGUUUCUCUUCAACAGCAGGAUUUUUAGCAAAAUGUCUAAAUAUUCCACUAGCAUGAGGACAAGAAAUCAAAGUGAGCUGCACCAGACUCUACCUAAACAGUCUGAUUUUCUGGAUGAUGAUGGUUUUACUGAUUUAGGGGUCAAGCCUGAAGUCUUUACCAAGGAAAAAAUUCCAAUUUCAGUUAAUUGGAUUUUCUGCCUCAAUAAAAUCUUGAAAAUUGAGCCAAAACGUAGAUGAAACCAACUGUUAAUAUGUUAGAAAUACCUCUGGAAUACUGAGAAUGCAGUUUAAGGUACUAUAGUUUGAGAAACUGCAUACUUCAGAAGACACUUUAAAGUCUUUGCUGGAAAAUGCAUUGUUCAAUUUCUACUGAGCCUGUUAGCAAUGGGACCUAUGUAACUGUUUAUCCUUAGCCCUGCACCUUCUUGCAUUUUGCCUGUGCUUUUGGCAGAUGUGAAACAAAGUCCAUCCAGCACUUAAGAAAACAAGUAAAAAGGCAAAUCAGAAAUAGUCCCACCUCCCGUCUGUACUGCUCGCUCACUUAUUCAAAAUAGCUGGUACACUUGGGCAGUAUCUGAUAUAAAUAGAUUCACCAAGGAAAUGGGUUAUUGGAGCAUAUUUUUGAUCGCUAAAUUGUAAUCAUUAAA